AUGUCAAGAAGUUUGUUCAUUCGUAUUGUUGAUGCAGUGAAAGAUCAUGACCAUUACUUCCAACAACGAAGUGAUGGACUUGGUAGAAUGGGAUUAUUACCGUUACAAAAAGUAACAGCUGUUUUUCGCAUGUUGGCAUACGGUCUACCAGCUGAUGCUACGGACGAAUACGUUAAAAUAGGUGAGUCAAUAGCAAUUGAAAGUAGGAAAAGAUUUUGUCGUGCUAUGGUGGAGAUAUUCGCAGAGCGGUAUCUACGAACACCUAAUGCUAACGAUAUUGCUAGGCUACUCUAUAUUGGACGUAGUGGGUCACUAACUAUUAUCCUCGAAGCUGUGGCAGAUUAUGAUCUUUGGAUAUGGCACGCAUAUUUUGGUAUGCCAGGCACCAAUAAUGAUAUCAAUGUGCUGGAAUCAUCUAAUCUUUUCUCUAACCUAGCUCAAGGUAUUGCUCCUCCCGCUCACUAUGUUAUUCAAGGAAAAGAGUAUAAUAUGGGUUAUUAUUUAGCUGAUGGUAUAUAUCCAAAAUGGGCUACUAUUGUACAAACAAUCCAACAGCCACAAGGAUCAACACGUUUUUGGAAAAAUCAUGUAUUACAUGACAUAAUGACUGCAUGUAUUAUUAUGCAUAAUAUGAUAACCGAGGAUGAACGUGACCUUUAUGCACCAAUUCAAGAAGUGAGGGAAGCACCAACACCAGAAGUUGAUAUGGUAGAAGAUGAAACUAUAAAAUUUACUCAAUUUAUUACACGUUAUGGAAAAAUAAAGGAUAAAGAUGCCCAUAUUGCGCUUCGUAAUGCAUUGAUAGAUCAUCUAUGGGAGGAAUACACUAAUUCAGAUAGUUAA